GGACCUCAAUAUCAAACUCUCCCCCCCCCCCACCAACUGAUCAACGUUACCAGCACCUACCGACGAAGAUGCAAUCGUUCUUACCGUCAAUCGCAUCCCUGUUCCGCACAGAGGUGCGGUCAAGUAACCCCUUCUUCCCCCCUCUACUCCCACCACCCACACCCGCAACUGACCAACCACACCGCAGUUCCCCUCCCAAGACUCUUUUCCACAACCUCCACCACCCAAGACUGGCUCCGUAUAAUAUCCCCCGCCACCCCGCCCAACCCCUCUAACAUCCAUGACCAGGCCCCCGCACCGACCCAAAACUCCGCUUCAAGGGCAACCCGCGCGUCCACACCGGCGGCUCCACCCGCGGGACCACAAUAGCCUGGGGCGACUACGGCAUGCGGCUGUCCGACUUCCACCAACGAUUGUCCGCGAUGCACCUAAAAAACGCAGAAACAGCGAUAAAGACCAAACUACGCGGAAUGAAGUACAAGCUGUACAAGCGGGUCUCAUGUAACAUCGCCGUGUUCCAGAAGGGCAACGAGGUGCGCAUGGGGACGGGGAAGGGCACGCAUAGGUUCUGGGCGACUAGGGUUCCCGUUAGUCGUGUGGUUUUUGAGCUAAAGGGGGAGGUGCACGAGCAAAUUGUCAAAGAGGCGUUUAGGUUGGCGGGGGAUAAGAUGCCUGGUGGGUUUUUCCCUUCCUUCAGUGCGGGGGGCAGGACAAGGGACUGAUGUGGAGGGAGUAGGUAGAUAUGAAUUUGUCAAAAAGGGAGACCCGCCAAUGAUGGGUAAGACCCCAGUCACGCCGGAGUUUCUGAAAGAGUUGGAAGAUAGGAAUGUCAAGUUGCCGCCUAAGAAGCGGGCGUGGAUUGAUACGCUGCCCGAACAUAAAAGGAAGCUGCUCAAGCCUUUGAAGCCA